AUGGGUUUAAAGAUAUCUCGCACACAACGGCUGAGUGCAGUCAUUGCUAUUUCCACAUCUUUCUUCAUCGCCGAGAUCUCGGUGGGCUUUUAUACACAUUCGCUCGCUCUUAUAGCGGAUGCUUUCCAUUAUCUGAACGAUCUAAUCGGGUUUAUCAUCGCACUUAUCGCCGUCGUUGUCGCAAACAAACGCACUCCUCCCAAAGCCUUAACAUACGGAUGGCAGCGUGCGGAGCUUCUCGGCGCGUUCUUCAAUGGAGUCCUCCUUUUCGGUCUGGGAAUCAGCGUUUUUCUACAAUCUAUUGAGAGGUUCAUCUCGUUGCAACCGGUCGAGAACCCAAAGUUGGUUCUUAUCAUUGGCUCUAUCGGCUUGGGGCUGAACAUUAUCAGUGUUCUAUUCUUGCAUGAGCAUGACCAUGGACACGAUCAUAGCCAUGGUCACAGCCACGACGAUCAUGGUACCGCCAACGAAGCUGACCUGCGUGCAAAUACGCAUUCUCACCCCUUGCCGAAUGAAAUGCACGUUCACCACAAACACCAGACCAAUGCCGCCUCUGCCUCAGCCCACCGACCCGGUCACGACCUCGCUAUUAUGGGAGUUCUAAUUCAUGUCCUCGGUGAUGCAGGCAACAACCUCGGUGUUAUGGCCGCCGCGCUGGUUAUCUGGCUCGCCGAUUACGGUGGAAGAUACUAUGCCGAUCCGGCAGCUAGUAUGGGCAUCGCAUUGAUGAUCUUUGCUUCCUCUAUACCUCUUAUCAAACGCGCGGGUCUGGUUCUGCUACAAAGUGCCCCUGGGGAAGUUGACCCGGAUGAUGUAAAGCAUGAUCUGGAAAGGAUACCCGGUGUUCGCGCCAUUCACGAGCUUCAUAUCUGGCGUUUGAACCAGGCCAAAUCUCUCGCGUCAGCCCACAUUCUCCUAACGGACGAGGCAAAAGAUAACUUCAGUUCUCUGGCUAAAACGAUCAACGAGUGUUUCCAUGCAUAUGGUAUUCAUUCAGUCACGCUGCAACCAGAGGUGUGGUCAGACCAGAAGGGGUUCGUUGCCACUCCGGCGGGAAAUGGUACUGAUACGACCUCCGUGCAAUCGGUGAGACCGGGUGUAUCAGAGCGAGAUUGUCAACUUGUUUGCGGGAAGCUGUGCGAAGAUCUUUUAUGCUGCUAA